AUGUGGUGGAACGUUGCUGCUCAUUGCGUAGCAAACGAUUUUGGAGAUGAACAGCCUCCAGAAGCAUUCAUGGUGGGCGCAGGAAAAUAUUAUAGUAAAUUUAAAGAUCCUAGAGACCAGGGUGCUCAAUAUUCAGAAAUAGCUCGAGUUGUUGCGGAGCCAGGAUACAAAGGAAAUUCUCAACGUUUCUUGGCAGACAUAGCUUUGCUUAUAACUAAAGACUUGAUAACGUUCAACGAUGUAAUCCAACCUGUCUGCUAUCAGGAUUUGUUCAACAUUCACCUUCAAGCGGGAAAAGUAGGAGUGGUAGCUGGAUGGGGGAAGACUGAAAGCGGGAAGUAUUCUGAUGAGUUGAGAACGCUGGAAAUUCCCUACAAAUAUGAAAUCUCAUGUUCACAAGAACUUCCCUCAAACUGGGCGGAAAAGUAUAAUACAAACGACAAAAUCUGUGCAGGAUUUGUCAACCAAAGCAAAAGUGUUUGUACGGGCGACAGCGGAAGCGGUUUGUACUUUCAAAACCCAGAAGAUAACAGAUAUUAUAUUCAUGGAGUGGUCAGCAUUGCUCCAGCAGAGGAUGGGGAGUGUAACCAUCAACAAAACUCACUCUACACCAAGGUAGCACAUUACUACGACUUUGUAGACCGACAAGUUACACGGCAGUACGUAGAGCAGUGUUCUCUACCAUCGUACCCCAACAAUGGAAAAUGGAUCAUUCCAAAACAGGACAAGAAGCCAGGGGAUAUCGUACCUUCCAAUACAGUGUUGAAGGUGGAGUGUAACCAAGGUUACGAAUUGUCUUCUGACAGUGCUUUCAUAGACUGCGAGUCGUCAUAUGCCAUACCAAAAUGUGAAUUGCUCUGUCCAAAGCUUGAUUUCCCGGACGGCACCACUUACAAGUGCACCAGCAAGAGAGGAGAUGACAUAGAUUGUUCAAAAGCAGUACACGGUAGCAGCCUCACCUAUUCCUGUCCAGAAGGCUACAAGCUACCAUCUCGCGGCAACAAAGUUAAGUAUUGCAAAGGAGGAUCUUGGGGACGUCAUAAACCUAAAUGUAUAAUGGAUGAUGAUAUCAAGCAAACAGUGGCUAUCGAGGGAAAGAAAGUGGUGUGUACUUACGCGAGUUGGUCAGCCCAUAGUGGAGUGUUUCCUGAAAAGUUCAACGCAUUGUUAUGUACCCAUAUCGUAUACGCUUUUAUUGGCAUUUGGGAAAAAGGCGAUGUGAGAGUACAAGAAGAUGAGCUUGAUCUUGAUGGGGAGAGUAAAGGUCUUUAUCGAAGAGUUACUGAUUUGAAAAAGGAUAACAAAAAUUUGAAAGUUCUGCUAAGCAUUGGAGGUUCUGGAGCGGCAAAUUCAUCUCUCUUCUCUGACAUGGCUGCCCAUGAUAGUAAAAAAGCAGGAUUUAUUCAUAGUGCUCUAUAUUUCAUUAAAACAUACAAUUUUGACGGUGUGGAUAUAGAGUGGUAUUACCCAGAGCCAAGCGAUAGUAUUAAUUACAUAAACCUAUUGCGAGAUUUUAGAGAGAAAUGUGAUGAAAAAGGAUUGCUUUUGACAGCUACAGUUCGACCUCAUCUUGAAGGUACAGGAUACGAUAGCAAAGAAAUGGCUAAGCUUUUGGACUGGGUGCACAUAAAAAGUUAUGACUUCUAUGGCUCUUGGAGUGCAUAUACUGGCCAUACUUCUGCUCUAUAUCCAGCGUCGAUUGAAAAUGAUUGGGAGAAAAACCACCUCAACAUCGAGGCAGCUGCGAGUAACUGGAUUAAAUCUGGAAUGCCCAAAUCCAAACUGAUUUUGAGCAUUGCUUUUUAUGGCAGAUCCUUUACUCUUAAGGACAAAAAUCAACACGGCGUUCACGCGCCAAUCAAAGGCGCUGGACCAGGCGAUGUUGAUGGAUUCAUUAGAUACUCAGAGAUUUGCGCAUUUAAAGACUGGACUUCGAUGUGGGAUGAUGAACAGAAAAGUGUUUAUUCGUAUAAAGAUGAUAAAUGGGUCAGCCAUGAAAGUAAAGACACCGCCUGGAUAAAGGGUGCCUAUAUCAAGGACAAUGGAUUCCUGGGAGUAAACGUGUGGCCCAUAGAUGGAGAUGACAUCCACGGCAAAUGCGGAUCAAAACAAAUACUGCUGAAACAUGUUCACGGGGGUUUAGGCAACAAUCCCAAUUUUGAUGAUUAGUGUGAACUUUUUUGUUAUUGAAUCAGACGGGGUACCAUACGUGUUAUACGUGUUGCGUAUGUCUUUAACCCUGCUGUUAAAAAUGUAUUGGUGGAUUUUCAACCAAUGUUUGUUACGUCCAGGGUAAUAAAUUCAAAGACAAACUAAAAGAGAAAUAGAAUUGCUCAAAUAUAAAUUUUUCUUUACAAAUAAUUGUUCAGUAUAAAUGUAUGAGUUUUCCAUAAGCUAGGCAAGUCAUUCCAUAGCGUAAAUAACAUAAGUGUGAAGGGGUAAAUUAAAAUUAUUUUUAAUUCAGUACAAGCAUUCAGUUUACCUUCCUGCCGCUAUUUGGGGGAAAUCAGGGAAUAUGAAGGUGAUCUGAUGAAGGUGAUUUGAUGAUUCUGAAUAGUAGAACAUAUUUGAGAGUAAAUUGCUUGAAUGAUUUUAAUAUGGUGAUAUAUUUAAUGUUUUAUUUAAUUCAAGCAGUUUGAAAUUAGGGGGUGAAUUUGAAUGCCUGUCGAAUUUAGAUUUUUUUUAUCUCAUGUAAUUUCUUAAUAAAUUUCAAAAUAAAGAUCAGGACCUACGGACACAUGGUUUCCUUUCCAAUAUCUGGUUUAGCACAUCAG